AUGCGGUCCUCAAUAUUAAUUUCGCCCUUUCUCUUCCUGACCUCUUUUCUCUCCCUCCUUUCAACCGCUUCCUCCCUCAAAUUAAUCGAGUCCAAGUCCCUAAACGCCUGCCAGGGCAACUCGAGCUUCACCGCCAGCUUAUUCAACGUCAUCUUCACCCCCGAUAACAGAACAAUUACCUUCGAUAUCGUCGGCGUCUCGUCGAUCCAGGGCAAUGUGGCGUUCGGUAUCGAGGUGAGAGUCUACGGGUUCUCAGCCAUCAAGCAGACCAUCGAUCCCUGUACGAUGAAAGGCAUGACCGGAUUGUGCCCCAUGUCGACCGGACAACUGGAUAUCAAUUCCAACCUCCAGCUGGACCAGGACGUGAUCGAUCGGAUUCCAGGAAUCGCCUAUGGCGUCCCCGAUCUCGAUGCCACCGUCAGGGUCCUGAUCAACUCCACCGCUAAUCCCGGCACCACGCUGGCUUGCGUGGAAGCCAGCUUGUCCAACGGGCAAACCGUCGAUCAGAAGGGCGUGGGCUGGGCGACGGCAGUGAUUGCGGGCUUGGCUCUGGUGGCCUCGGCGGUCACCUCCGGGUUGGGUCACUCGAACACCGCCGCACAUGUGGCCGCGAAUGCGCUGUCCCUCUUUGGCUACUUCCAGGCCCAGGCGAUCGUAGGUUUGUGUGCCAUCAAGCUUCCGCCCAUCGUCCAAUCCUGGACUCAAAAUUUCGACUGGACCAUGGGUAUCAUCAACGUGAAGUUCAUGCAGAAGAUUGCCACCUGGUAUCAGAAAUCCACCGGGGGGACGCCCGCCACACUGCUCAAUAGCCUCACGACUACAUCCGUACAGGUUCAGAAACGCUCCGUGGCAGAGAUUGGAAAGCGCUCCGUGGAGAAGACCAUCCAGCUGCUGACACGCGCUCAUCAGCAGCUCGUGUCUCGCGCGGAGGCCGACCCCACCGCUGCAGGCUCGUAUGUUGUUUCCGGCAUCAAGCGGGUCGCAUUUAGAGCGAAGAUUGAAUCCACAAACAUAUUUCUAAUGGGUCUUGCUUUCUUUUGUAUCUUCAUCGUCUUCACCAUCAUAUUUGUGGCCAUGUUCAAGGGAUUCUGCGAACUUGCGGUUCGGAUGAAGUGGAUGAAGAGCGACAAAUUCUUAGACUUCCGCAAUGGCUGGUUCACCGUGCUGAAGGGCAUCAUGUUCCGAAUGGUCCUUAUUGGCUAUCCCCAGAUGACUAUUCUGUGCUUGUGGGAAUUCACCCAGGUCGAUUCUCCGGCCGAGGUGGUCCUCGCCAUCUUCUUCUUCUUCGGCAUGACUGGCACCCUUGCCUGGGCAGCAAUGAAGGUCGUCCGUAUCGCAAAACGCUCGGUUGAUAUGCACAAGAACCCCGCCUACAUCUUGUAUUCGGACCCUGCCGCAUUGAACAAGUGGGGGUUCCUCUACGUCCAAUUCAGAGCAACAGCCUACUACUUCAUCCUCCCGUUCUUGGUCUAUAUUCUGAUCAAGGGAAUGUUUAUUGCCUUUGGGCAGAAGAAUGGCACGGUCCAGGCCAUCGCCCUGCUCCUGAUCGAAGCCGGUGCCUUGAUCGGAGCCAGCGUCAUUCGGCCUUGGAUGGACAAGAGCACGAAUACCUUUAAUAUUGCCAUCUGCGCAGUUAACUUGGUGAAUGCCAUCUUCCUCCUGUUCUUCAGCAACGUCUUCAACCAACCAGGCUUGGUGACCGGAGUCAUGGGUGUCGCUUUCUUCAUUAUCAACGCGAUCUUCUCUCUCGUUCUCCUUAUCCUUGUGUUAAUCGCCACCAUCUACGCUUUCGUCCGGAAGAACCCCGAUACCCGGUACCAGCCAAUGAGCGAUGACCGUGCUUCAUUCAUCAAAUCUCAAACUGCGCUGAACACUGAGCUUGAUGCUCUGGGUGCCACAGCGCGCGGGGAUGUGAAGGGUGGAUACAAGCAUAAUCUAGAUUUAGAUGAUGACAAUGAGUCGUGGUCGUCAGACUCUAUGCGACAUCCAGCAAAUAUGCCCCUUCCCCCAUCCACGGCGAAUUCUGGUGCCCAUUAUCGGGAGCCUCCUCACUCCCCAGUUGAUCCAUCUGUGCCUCUCUUCCCGGCGGGUAGCCGUGGCGGCCCUCACAGUUUCCAGGAUCCUGCAAACAGGUCGAACAAUGUAUCGCCGGCCCCGUACCGGGAUAGCAACAACUCAACAUCGAAUCUGUCGGUGGGCUACAGGUCACAGAAUAAUGCCAGCCCAGCGGGGGGAUAUAGACCACAAAAUACUGCCAGUCCUUGGCAACGUGGAGCAGGAUAUGAACAUUAA